AUGCCAAAGAGAUCAUCGAAAUCCUCCGAGGAUCCAGAUGUCAUCGAACCAUCAUCAUCAAGAAAAUCUGCAAACAACAAGCAACCCACUUCCAAAUCCUCUAAAGGAGUUCAAAAACAACACAAGAUGAAAAAAGCUCUCCAAUCAGCUCUUGUCGAAACCUUCCACGCAAAAACUCAAGCCGAAUGGAGAGAGUGGCUUUCCACUCACUCUCAAACGAAACAAAACAUUUGGCUCCUCCUCUACAACAAGAACUCUGGCACGCCAUCCGUCACGUACGAGCAAGCACUGGACGAAGCUUUGUGUUUUGGUUGGAUUGACAGUACGGUCCGCAAAGUCGAUGCCCACUCCCGAAUGCAAUACUUUUGCAAACGUCACCCUGCUAAAAGUAAAUGGAGCAACAAGAAUAAGAAUCGUGUUUCUGUAUUGAUCCAAGAAGGUAAAAUGACCGCUCAUGGACUUUCUGCCAUCCAAUUAGCCAAAGAAAAUGGAAUGUGGGACUUUUUGAAAGAUGCCCACGAUUUGGUGUGUCCUCCUGAUUUAUUGGACGCAUUCGAAGAACAAGGUGAAGAGGCGAAACAAAAUUUUGAAGCAUUUCCACCUUAUGUGAAAAAGGGAAUUUUAAGUUGGUUGUGCGAUGCCAAACGUCAAGAAACAAGAGAGAAGAGAAUUCGAGAAAUUGUGGAGAAGGCAGAAAGAAAUGAGAGGGCGAGAUUUGAUUAA